AUGACCGCAGACAAGUGCAAAGUUUUACUUAUUGGAUCUGGUGGUGUUGGUACCAUUGCCUCCUACUCGUUGGAAUAUGAAGACAAAGCCGUAGUUACAUCAGUACUUCGUUCCGACUAUGCCAUUGUCAAAGAGAAGGGGUUCACUAUCGAUUCCAUCGAUUAUGGCCACAUCGAAUGUUAUAGACCAACCAACAUUGUGAACAGCGUUGAAUCCGCUAAAGAGUAUGGUCCAUUCGACUACAUUGUUGUUGUCACGAAAUCCCUCCCAGAUAUCACCAACAUGGUGGAUGUGAUUGCCCCAGCUGUGACCUCAGAGACUGCUAUCGUGUUAAUCCAGAACGGAAUUCACAUCGAAGAGGCAUAUAUGGAGCGGUUUCCAAAAAACACAGUGCUAAGUGGUGUCAGUAUGAUUGGUUCUUCAAACAAGAAUGGAUGCAUCAACCACGAAACGACGGAUUUUCUAAGAGUAGGCGUAUUCCCUAACGAGAACGUACCCAAAGAUAAGCAAGACAGCAUCUGCCAGAAAUUCGUCCAGAUCUACAAUACGGGCAAAAACGAAUGUGUCUUUGACGAGAACGUCGAAUUCUCCCGUUGGCGAAAACUAGUCUACAACGCUACCCUAAACCCCGUUUGUGCUCUCACUCAACUCGAUGUUGGCCGCUUGGAAAUUUUUGGCGCUGUAGACAGCAUUAUCAGACGUGCUAUGAAAGAAGUUAUUGCGAUUGCUGCAUCAGAUGGUGUACAAUUACCAGAAAGUGUCAUCGAAUUCAUGAUCAGAUCCGACGACCCAGUAUACUACAAACCCUCGAUGCUUAUCGACUACGAGAAAGGUAACUACAUGGAAGUUGAGGUCAUCUUAGGGAACCCGAUCAAGAUCGCACAAAAGAACAGUGUCGAUGCGCCAAUUCUCACAUUAAUAUACCACUUUCUAAGCGUUCUCCAAUGCAAGAUCAAGGAGGAAAAAGGUGCUCUUAUUGUUCCAAAAGAAAGACCUGUUGCAGCCAAGUAA